AUGGAUGCUGCAGGAGAUGCCAGAGGAUUCCUUGUGGAUGGUUUCCCUCGUAACCAGAAUAACCUAGAAGGUUGGGAACAACAAAUGAAAGGCAAGGUUAACGUCAGGUUUGUCCUCUUCCUCUCGUGUCCAGUUGACGUUUGUAUAUCCAGGUGUCUUCACAGAGGACAAGGUCGCACAGACGACAAUGAGGAGUCUUUACGAAAACGAAUAGAAACAUACAAUAACCAAACACUUCCCAUUAUUCAACAUUAUGAAAAAUUAGGACUUGUUAAGGAAGUACCCAGCGAUAAAUCUCCCGAAGAGGUAUACAUGGAAGUGGAAAAUGUCUUUAAAAAUGCCGGAUUAUAA